AUGGAUCCAAAAGUUCAUCCAACGAGAGAUAAAGAGGCGGCUCGCCCGCUAUCCGCCGUCUUCCGCGUUGAAGGCAACGGGGUUGUUAGUAAGGUCCCAACCUUAACGACGAGCACGAAGCAAGAUAUUAUGAUCGAAACUCUUACGGCUGAAAAUGCUUCAGCUCACGAAGCUUUGCAUUGCUUGCACAUGUUGCGAUCAGAUGCAUCAUGUGGUUUGUCCACCGCAGAAGCAUCGUUACGGAGGCAGUAUCAUGGGUACAACGAAUUCGAGGUUACCGAACAAGAACCAUUGUGGAAGAAGUACACAGAACAGUUUAAAAAUCCUUUAAUUCUGCUACUACUUGCCAGUGCCGUCGUCUCACUUUUAAUGCGACAAUUCGAUGAUGCUAUCAGCAUUACUAUAGCUGUAGUAAUUGUGGUCACCGUGGGAUUUGUUCAGGAAUAUCGGUCAGAGAAAACAUUGGAGCAACUUAACAAGCUAGUGCCGCCUGCAUGUCAUGUAAUUCGCGAUGGGAAAGAACAUCCACUUCUGGCCCGCGAAUUAGUGCCAGGCGACGUUGUUUUGCUGAAUACGGGUGAUCGUGUACCCGCUGAUGUUCGACUUCUUGAAGCUUUUUCGUUGCAAAUUGACGAGAGCUCCCUUACUGGAGAAACGGAGCCGAAGCACAAGGAGACGAAACCCAUUCCUCAACAAAACGGAGGCGGCCAUGUUGAACAUAUGAUGAAUAUUGCAUUUAUGGGCACAUUGAUAUGCAAUGGAAGAGGGCGGGGUUUGGUGAUUUCGACAGCGGCAAAUUCCCAAUUUGGCGAAGUUUUCCGCAUGAUGCAAGGGGAAGAGUCACCAAAAACACCACUGCAAAAUAGCAUGGAUCAACUCGGUAAACAACUAUCCUUCUACUCUUUUGGUGUUAUUAUACUGAUCUUCGUUAUUGGACUCGUGCAAGGUCGAAAUGUACUUGAUAUGUUCACCAUUGGCGUGAGCUUGGCCGUCGCUGCAAUACCGGAAGGUCUUCCAAUAGUUGUCGCUGUGACGUUAGCGAUAGGCGUUAUGCGAAUGGCUGCUCGGAGAGCUGUGGUUAAAAAGAUGCCUGCUGUAGAGACACUAGGAUGCGUAACAGUGAUCUGUUCGGAUAAAACGGGUACUCUGACCAAAAAUGAAAUGACAGCAACAUGUGUUGUGACUCCAGAAGGUCGACGUGCGGAGGUGACGGGCAUUGGGUACGUAGUCGACGGAGGGCGUUGCACAUAUGAGGGAGAAGUGGUGAUGGGUUACAGCCAUCGUGAAUUCGCAACCAUUAUCGAAGUGGGCGUGGUUUGCAAUAAUGCUACAAUCAUGGCCGAUACUGUGAUUGGCCAACCAACUGAAGGAGCAUUGGUGGUGUUGGCGCAAAAGACCGGAUUGGAAGGAUCUCGGCAACAUUACAAGCGUGUUCGAGAGGUCCCCUUCAGCUCCGAAUCGAAGUGGAUGUCUGUGCAGUGUGACCAAAAUGGUCAAAUGAUUUUCUUCGUGAAAGGUGCACUAGAUCGUGUGUUGCAAUUGUGCGAUUCGUACUUAUCGGCUGAUGGAAGCAGAAAGCCGUUGGAUGACUACAUUCGCCAAAGGAUAUCAGAUGGAGGGCGAGGGUUGGGAGCCACUGGAUUAAGGGUACUUGCGAUGGCCAGAGGAGAUUCAAUGCAAUCAUUGAUGCUAGUAGGAAUGGUAGGAAUGCUGGAUCCUCCGCGACCUGGUGCUCCUGACGCGAUUUCCAUGGUUCGCGCGAGUGGAGUUGAAGUGAAGUUGAUUACGGGGGAUUCACAGGAAACUGCACAGAGCAUAGGUGCAAUGUUGGGUUUGUACUGUACUCCACAAGACAGUUGCCUUUCUGGAGCUCAGAUUGAUGGAAUGUCUGACCAAGAAUUGGAACUCGUCAUACGACAAGUAUCCGUGUUCUAUAGAGCCUCUCCUAGGCAUAAACUGAAGAUUGUUAAGGCACUGCAAGCCAUAGGUGAAGUCGUAGCAAUGACUGGUGACGGAGUAAAUGAUGCUGUUGCUCUCAAAAAGGCUGACAUUGGAGUGGCAAUGGGGUUGGGAGGCACGGAUGUCUGCAAAGAAGCUGCCGAUAUGAUUUUAUGCGACGAUGAUUUCUCCACAAUGACUGCAGCUAUUGAAGAAGGGAAGGCUAUCUACCAUAAUAUCACAAAUUUUGUUCGAUUCCAGCUAAGCACGAGUGUCGCAGCGUUAUCGCUGAUCGCCGCUUCGACUAUGUUCCAUUUUGAGAAUCCGUUGAAUGCUAUGCAAAUCUUAUGGAUUAAUAUCAUCAUGGAUGGGCCACCAGCGCAAAGCCUCGGUGUGGAACCGGUCGACGAUGAUAUCAUCCGACAACGUCCUCGUAAUGUACGUGAGCCAAUGCUCAAUCUUCGACUAAUGAUCGAUAUUCUCUGUUCGGCGGGGAUAAUUGUGCUUGGCACCCUGUUUAUUUUUUACAGAGAGAUGUCUGCUGACAAUCAAAUCACUCCUCGAGAUACGACAAUGACUUUCACCUGUUUCGUAUUAUUCGAUAUGUGGAAUGCGUUAAGUUGUAGGAGUUCCCGGAAGAUGAUAUGGCAAAUAGGGUUAAGGAGAAAUCGUAUGUUCUGCAUAGCUGUUAGUGCUUCGUUGGUUUGUCAGCUGCUUGUUAUCUACUGGUCGCCGCUUCAGCACGUCUUCCAGACCGAAGCGCUAUCAUUAUUAGAUCUUCUCUUCCUAACUGCUAUGACCUCCUCUGUUUUCAUAUUCAACGAGACAAAGAAGUACUUUGAUCUCCACAAAUCCACUGUUCAUACAAAGACCGAGGAGCCUUUGUGA